UCCAUUGUAAUUGUGCGCAGUUGCCCUUCAUUCCAAGAGGGAUUCUUCCGUCUUAAUUGAUUAUAUAUGACAUAAUAUGACACUGGAAAAAACAAGCAACCAAAAAUAAAUGUCAAAACAAUCAAGAGCACAUCCAUUCAAACUCCUAACAAAACCGGAUGUAUUACGUACCAGUUGAUGAUAAGACUUUUACGACAACAGAAGAAAGACAAUACACAUCCCCAUGUAGUUUUCUCUGAAUUAACGGUUCACUGUGAAGUUAGAAAGAUAUAUUUUACACAAAUAUGUAGAAGCUGAACUAAGCUGAGAUAAUAUGCGGCAUAAGUCAGGGCUUGUAAGUGGAGGAGGGAGUAACAGUGGCAGUAGCAGCGGCCCAAGCCCUACUAAGAACAAGCCAGGCAGCAGCAGUAGUGGUAGUAGUGGCCCCCCUGUGCUGUUCCCUGGUAUUGCUAACACCAGUGCUAGCAAUGUAGCGGCUGAGGCAAAAAUAAAGGAUAUGCUUAAGGAGUUGUACCAUUUAAUUCAUCAAGUCCAGGAUGAAAGAACAAGAGGAGAGCAUAACUUGUCCAAUAUUGGAAAAACACAUGAAAGGAUUUUGCAGGAACAGAAAAUUUCACCUUAUUACAAGUCCAAGUUGAAAGGAUUGUACAAUACAGCAAUGCAAGAUGCGGAAAGUGAAGCUGAGUUACUUAGGAAGGCACUUGACAAGAUUAAUGAGGUGAAAUCAUUCCGGAAUGAAAGAAGAGAUGGUCCUCCAAAGCAAGUGAGAAGAAGAGGUGUUUUGAUGUCAAUGCUACAGCAAAAUGCACUUACUCUGCCUCUUUGGAUAGGCAAACCAGGGGAAAAGCCACCACCACUGUGUGGAGCCACACCAGCAGAAUCCACUUACAUAGCCAAACCCAGGGACAAGGUAGCAGCUAGGGUCAAAGGUCAAGAUGGAGAAGAAAACUGGAUUCUUUCAGAAGUUGUAUCAUUUAAUAGCUCAACUAAUAAAUUUGAGGUGGAUGACAUUGAUGCUGAAGAAGGCAAAGAGCGCCAUGUCCUCAGCAGGCGUAGGAUAGUUCCCCUUCCAGUGUGGAAAGCAAAUCCAGAGACUGAUCCAGAGGCAUUAUUUCCAGCAGGAACACUUGUGCUUGCUUUAUAUCCACAGACAACUUGCUUCUACAGAGCUCUUAUACAUGAUCCACCUAAGAGGCCUCAUGAUGACUAUUCACUGCUGUUUGAAGAUAACUCCUAUCCAGAUGGCUACUCACCACCACUUAAUGUUGCACAGAGAUAUGUUAUUCUUUGUAAAGAUGACAAGAAGAAAUGAACUUCAUAUACUGUUUUUGUUUUAUCUCAAAACUUACUAAGCAUUUUAAAAACCUAAUACUAUUUGAAAAUCUGGGGAAUAUAUAGAACUGUGUAUUGAAAGUGAAGUUGUACAUACAGGUUGUAAGGUGGGAUAUAUGAAUCAUGAGGCACUUAAAGCACUGGUGAAAAAAAAAUGGAAACCCCCGUAAACUACUUUUAGUUGAUGGACUUCUACUGUAGUAGUUUUUACAAUAUUAUAAAGAGGGAUCCUGCUCUUAUCACCAGAAUAUAAUGUGAAACCCAUUAGAAAUUGGAUUCUGUAUGAACUUGUCAUUUACCAAAUUUAAAGCAGUAUUGGAUCAAGUAAAAUUAAUUUUAUCAUG